UCCGAGUGCGGUGCGUAUAUAUACGUAUAUAUAUAUAUAUAUAUGCCAGCUUAAAUAAAUACACAUGUGUAUACGUAUUAUUUCUAUACCCUGCCACCAAAAGCAACAACAAUGUGGGUCGUGCAUAUUGAGCGUAUGCAAAUAAAAUAACAACAGAUAAAUGCCAAAAAUCUACUACACUUUUAUAACCAAAACACACAGAGCGCGUGAGAGCAAAAGAGAGAGUGGAGUGGAAUGAAGUCUAGCGGCAGAGAAAGAGCGGCGAUAACAGUGGCGGUGGCAGAGAUACAGACGGAGAGAAAGACCACCCCCACAGCGAAGAGAGCUAAAGAGAGCGGCAGUUAGAAGUAUCUUCGAGAUACACUAAUACCAAAAGAGCGCGUAUGUGCAUCUGUAUCUGUAUCUUCUUCGUCUGGUCGUAUAAAUUGAGCCGCACUUUGCUUAUUCUCGAGUUUUUGCCGCUCAGACGUCGCUGUAAGUGCACGCGUCGCUCGUUUUUUCGGGUUUUUCAUCGAAUCGGUUUCGUUUUCGGUUCCCAAUAUCUGCAACUCCAACAAUUCAAUUGAAUGGAAAACUAUCUGAAAGAUACCUGUGCCCAAGAACCCAGUUUAAAACGACAAAUUUAUAAUAACUGUUACGUAUUUUGAAGUUUUAAAAACAGUUUAAGCAUUUCAAAAAGUUAAGAACCAAGUUUUUAAACGAAAAUUCCAGAUAAAACUAAGCCCAAAAGAACAGAUAUAUUAAAAUUUGAUGAAAUAAACAACUUUAUCAAAACUUUGGGAAGCCUAAAGUUUACCAAAUAUACGAUACGAUAAUUAAAAUAAAACCGUGAAUACAAAUUAAAGUGCCAAAUCCAUUUUCAGCGAGUGCUCGAAAUAUUGUUUUUAUUUGAAAACCAGCCCCAAAUACAAUUUUCAAUUGGCUGAGUGCGUGUUUCCAACGCACAAACAUACAAAUAUAUAGCAUUUAAUUUUGUCCAUUAUGUGUGCAAUUAAAUAAAAAAAAUUCUGUGUGUGAAAAAGCAAAAAACAGUGCGGCGAACGGAGGCAGCAAAAAAUUAGACGCGUAAAUUGCGUAGCAAAUUCUGAAUGAAAAAAAAAGCAACAAAACCAGAAAGCGAAACAGGAGCGAUAAGCUUACCAACUACAGAAACUCAAGCCUAACAAAAAUACACAACACUGCCAUAUUGCAACAAAGAAUAUAGAACUGUUAUCAAGAACCAGAUCAACCAAUCUACCUCGUCUUUUCUGGGCCAAUAAUCAAAAGUAAAUUGAAUUCAAUGCAAAUACCCUAUUUGCCAAUAGGAAAAUGGAACAGGCAAUAACCAAGACCACGUAAAGGGAAUACCACAAAACCGAACCGUUGAGAUUACACAUUUGAGAUCAAUAGAGUCCUCCCCAAUAGAUCAAAGCCUUUCACAUUUCUGGAUAACCAUUCGCAAGUAAGAUGACGAAGAGCAAUGGCGAUGUGGAGGCGGCAGCCCAGGUCCAGUCUCUGGGUGGAAAGCCCAGCAAUGGUCAUGGACAGAUGAAUGGGAAUGGCUAUCAUCAGAAUGGAGGUCGUCGAGACUCCAGCCAGGCAUUUACACCACUGCUCCCGCAGCAUAAUACCAAUGGCACCGCCAACGGCUCGGAGGUGACCUCUCUGCCUCCAAGCACAGUGCUUUACGAAAGCACCCCCAGCAAUAAUAAUGAGUGGAAGGCUCCGCAGGACCUUGGCCACCUUAAGAAUGGACUGGGCAAUAUCCUGAGCAGCAACAACAAUGGCACUGGCAAUGGUCACAGUAUCAGCGAAAAGUAUGCCCACGAACAGGCUCCCCUGACUGGGAGCUACAAGCUGCCUCCUCGUUCCAGUGAGUCCGAGGAAUCCGAUUUCGAUUCCGACCUCAAUGGCAGCUCUACCGCAGAGUCCAGCUCCUGUGGCUUGUUUGGAUGCCGGCCCAGGUGGGCCAGAAGAUUCGCCUCCACACAUGUCUUCAUGGUGGUCUUUCUACUGGCCUACAUCCUGCAGGGCAUGUACAUGACCUACUUUGUAUCCGUGAUCACCACCAUCGAGAAGCUUUUCCAGAUCAAGUCGAAGACGACGGGAAUCCUUUUGAGUGCCAGUGAGAUGGGUCAGAUAUGCACUGCCAUGCUGUUGACCUACUUCGCAGGAAGGGGUCAUCGCCCCAGAUGGAUUGCUUGCGGCAUGGUCCUGUUCUCCAUAGCUGCCUUCUCCUGUGCGCUGCCACACUUCAUCUUCGGUGAGCAACUGAUGCACUCCAGUGUGAUCCUGCAGCAGACGCAGGUAGCUCCUGCCGGGAAUUCCACGUCGUCACUCUGGACAAAUGCUAGCAGGGAGCAGGUGAAUCCGAAUCUCUGCAUUUUGGGUGGCAAUCAAACACUUUCGGGCAGCGAAUGUAAUGAGGAACGGCAACUGGAGCAGGCCUCCCACUCCAAGAUCACAGUCAUUGUGCUAUGCAUUUUCUUUGGUAGUCUAUUAAGCUCGGGAAUUGGACAAACUGCGGUGGCCACUCUGGGCAUACCUUAUAUCGAUGAUAAUGUUGGCAGCAAGCAGUCACCCAUGUACAUGGCCGUCACCAUUGGUAUGAGAAUCCUGGGACCAGCUUCUGGUUUCAUUUUUGGCAGCUUCUGCACCCGCUGGUAUGUGAAUUUCUCGAAUCCCGGGUUUGAUGCUACUGAUCCGCGAUGGAUCGGUGCCUGGUGGCUGGGACCCGUGGCCAUAGGUAGUCUUAUGCUGUUGGCCUCUAUUGCCAUGUUCUCGUUCCCCAAACAACUUAGAGGCAAGCAGCAGUCGCAAGGGCAGGCGGCAACUCCAGCAACUCCAAUUGAGCCAGAAGAAAAACCCAAACUGAAAGACUUUCCCAAGACAGUCCGUCGUCAGCUGAGCAACGACAUCCUGAUGUUCCGCACCGCCUCGUGCGUGUUCCAUUUGCUGCCCAUCGCUGGUCUCUACACGUUCCUGCCCAAAUAUCUGGAAACUCAGUUCCGGCUGGCCACCUAUGAUGCCAAUAUGAUUGCCGCCUUCUGCGGUAUCCUCGUCAUGGGCAUUGGCAUCGUCAUUUCGGGCCUGUUUAUCCUAAAGCGUAAACCCACUGCCAGGGGUGUGGCUGCGUGGAUUGCUUUCACAGCCCUUGUUUACUCAGCGGGCAUGAUCAUCUUGAUGUUCAUAGGCUGCAGCAUGAACGACUUUGCCGGCUAUAAGCCAAGCGAUGGCAACAGUCCCGCUCUGAUUGAGCCCACGUGCAGCGCCGCUCUCAACUGUACCUGUGAUAAGGAGAACUUUGCUCCCAUCUGCGCCGAUGGCAAGAUGUACAUCUCAGCUUGCCAUGCCGGAUGCAGCAGCUCCUCGCUGCGGCCCAGCGACAAUCGCACCCUCUACUCCGAUUGUGCUUGCAUUCCAGAUGCUCCAGAGGCGGUCAACGGUUACUGUGAUAAUAACUGCAAGAACUUCAUCUACUUUAUACUGAUCUUUGCCAUUUGCGUAUUUAUGCAUUCCACCUCAGAGGUGGGCAGCAUGCUGCUCGUCAUGCGCUGUACACAUCCUAAAGAUAAGGCCAUGGCCAUGGGUGUAAUACAGUCGGCCAUCGGCUUGUUUGGGAAUGUUCCUUGUCCGAUUAUCUACGGCGCAGUGGUGGACUCCGCCUGCCUCAUCUGGAAGUCGGUGUGCGGCAAGCACGGAGCCUGUUCGCUCUACGAUGCGGACACCUUCAGGCAAUAUUUCCUAGGAAUCACGGCUGGUAUUAUGUUCCUGGCAUUCCUAAUGGACCUGGUGGUGUGGCGAAAGGCACACCGGAUCGACAUUGCGCCAGAGGACCCGCAAGAGGCUGGGCCCACGCCCAAUGGAAGGUCCUUGGAGGUGUCCGAGUCGAAGCAACCCAUAACUCCGGCGCCGGACACGACGGUCUAGGUGGAGCGGAACCGAGAUGAGCCUUGCACCUGCUGCAAGAUUUCCAAUAAACGUUUACUUUAAUUGUUAAUUAGU